AUGUUUAUCAUUGUAGGUGGGUAUAGACAUGAAAUAAUAUGAGGAAAAGAUUUAAAACAGUCAAAGUUUUGAGAAGGAUAAGCAAGCAAUAAACUCGCUCAGUCGUCGUUGUGUCUGAUAAAGCUGAAUACUUAAAUCAGUAACUUAUUUAUGCAGAGUACAGCUCACUCCUACUGUCUUCAGCUGAACUGUGCAAUAAACAAGCACUCCUCCUCAGACCUCAACCUCCGAGAAAUAAAUCCCUUUGAUUCAGUCAACGUUUUUGGACUCCCUUAUCACCUUAUCCCAAGUACAAGCCUUCUUAUCUGAGUUGCCGUUAUGUAUUUCUUAUGGCCUUUUUCGGUUGCUUUUCUUCUGUUGCUGUUGUUUAUCAACCCUGCGAUGUCAACAAAUGGAAAUGUGACCAGCAAUGCUAAAAGCACUUUUACCAUUGGUUCUGACACCCUUGGAAAGGAAACGUUACCAACGCCCAACAUAACAUGUGUUGUUUGCAAGAACCCGGCUUGUCCAUCCUAUUAUACGAACAAAUUUACGGUCAUGCUGGGAUGUGAGGUUUGUUUCAAGCGAAUUGUUUUGCAAAUUCGAACAGGACGUGGAGGCGCACCCAACAACAAAUCCGUGCAUAAAGGAUGUCUGACAUUGAAGCAGGUCAUGGAUAAGAAGUGGGAUCUUGGUAAAUGCGUCAAGAUGGCAUCAUUCGAUGUGGCAGCUGAUUACACCCAGUGCCUUUGCAAUGACAAGGAUGAGUGCAACUCUGCCCCACGGCGGUGGGGACAAUAUGCAGCAGAGCCCUUCUGGGGGAUUGUCAUUGCCAUCAUCAUCUUCGCCGCCACGAUGUGGUCAACUAUUUCUGAGCAGCUCUUUACUUAAUCUGUUACCGUAUUAUUUUACGAGUUAUUUGUAUUUUGCAAGACUGAAUAAUAAUAGGGAUGUUCUACAGAUAAAGA